GCGCCCGCGCCGCCGCCGCGCCUCGGCCCCCCGGGAAGGGAGGACGGAGAACCUGGCGCCGAGCUCUGCGCGCGCGCCUGCAGGGCGGACCUGGACGAGCACGAGUCCUACUGCGCCAGCGAGUUCGCAGUGAACGGAAUCGUGCAUGAUGUGGACGUGCUUGGCACAGGGAUCCGGCUGGUGACUCUGCUGGUGGACCGGGACGGGCUAUACAAGAUGAACCGCCUGUACAUCACUCCGGACGGGUUUUUCUUCCGAGUCCACAUGUUAGCCCUAGACUCCUCCAGUUGCAAUAAGCCAUGUCCAGAAUUUAAACCUGGCAGCAGGUAUAUUGUGAUGGGCCACAUCUACCAUAAGAGAAGGCAGCUACCUACAGCUCUGCUUCAGGUCCUGAGAGGGCGCCUCCGACCAGGAGAUGGACUGCUCAGGAGCAGCAGCAGCUAUGUGAAAAGAUUUAACCGAAAAAGGGAUGGGCAAGUGCAAGGGGCAAUUCACACCCAGUGCAUUUGAAACAUCCCAGCCUAGUGCGGUGGGGUGUAGCUCAGUGGUAGAGCAUGAACUUAGCAUGCAUGAGGUCCUGGGUUCAAUCCCCAGUACUUCCAUUUAAAAAAAAAAAAACCAGCCUGGCAUUUCUGGAUCAUGAGACUUGGAAUUCAGCGAUAAGGCAGGAGGUUUAUCCUCAUGUAAUGGGAUUUUCCUUUAGCUUAGGGCACAUAGCUCCUUUAAGAACUAGUUGCAGAGUUCAGACUCUGAUCUUGAAGUUGUCACUUUCUGAUUCACAAAAUGCUUCUUAAAUGGUAUGCUUCUAAGCUCCGGGGCAAAGUUAUUCAGCUGUAGUGCCGGUCAGUCACAGAGCUCAGAUAACUGACCUGUCCAGUUAACAGAUCACUGCUUCAUGUUGUUUAUUUUUAAUUAUUUUAAUUUAAAUACAUUCUUCCGUAGAAAUAGUUCACAAAAACACUUCCUUGAUUUUAAAUAUACAGUUUUGAAUAGUUUAUAUCUUGAGUCAAACCAAAUUUUAUACUAAAACCAUCACAUUUAAAAUUCUGUACAUAACAGUUAAGUGCACUAGUCAGACAUAUGAAAUGUCAUUUAGAUCACAUUUAGAUCGAACACUAAAGUCAGAGCCCAAGACAAGUAUUAGAAGUUUUACACUUAAAAGAGUACUGAAGGGCUUAAUUCAAGCAAACAAGUGUUUGUUCUAACAAGUGUUCCUGAUGUACGAAGAUAGAAGAUACAGUUUUUCACACCACACCUCCUGCUUCUAAAAUCAUGUUUGUGCCAUACUGGCAGCUAUCCCGAUGCCAAACAUAUUCUGGGUAUAUCUGAUGUCAUUUUUCUAUUAAGACCAAGUAUCAUGUUUGUGUUUAUAAAGCAGUAAAUCUUGCCUUGAAAUCAGA